UAUUCAUUAUCUGAAUCAUGAACGCGAGACUGUAAUUCCUUUUUUGUUUUGUUCAUUAUUAUAAAGUUACUACUUAAUUGAAUAUCCGAUUAAUUUUGUAUUUAAUUUAGUUUAAAAUUUUCUGAUAUUAGUAAGUAAUUUUUUUUACUCGCAAACAUGUUAGGUCGUCUUCCACCAUGUGUCAUCGAUGUCGGUACAGGGUACACAAAAUUAGGAUUUGCACCUAACAAGGAGCCUCAAAUGAUCAUACCAUCAGCAAUAGCUAUCAAAGAAACUGCAAAAUGCGGUGAUCAAGCAGUCCGAAGACUGACAAAGGGCGUGGAAGAUUUAGAUUUUUAUAUCGGAGAUGAAGCUUUUGAUGCCAAAGGCUAUUCUGUCAAAUAUCCUGUUAGACACGGUCUAAUUGAAGAUUGGGAUUUAAUGGAAAGGUUUUUGGAACAUUGUAUUUUUAAAUAUUUGAGAGCAGAACCAGAAGACCAUCAUUUUUUGCUCACAGAACCACCAUUAAAUACUCCCGAAAAUCGUGAAUAUACUGCAGAAAUAAUGUUCGAGACUUUCAACGUCCCUGGACUUUACAUUGCCGUGCAAGCAGUACUAGCAUUAUCUGCUUCAUGGAAAUCGAGGCCUCUUCACGAGCGUGUUCUAACAGGUCUUGUAGUAGAUAGUGGAGAUGGAGUCACGCAUAUUAUUCCGGUUGCGGAAGGUUAUGUAAUUGGCAGUUGCAUUAAGCAUAUACCAAUAGCCGGUCGCAACAUCACUUAUUUCAUUCAGUCACUUUUAAGAGAAAGAGAAAUUGGCAUUCCACCCGAACAAAGUUUAGAAACUGCUAAAGCGAUCAAAGAAAAAUACUCUUACAUAUGCCCAGACAUAGCUAAAGAGUUUGCCAAGUAUGAUGCAGAGCCUUCCAAAUGGUUAAGGAAAUAUGAUGGAAUGAAUAGUGUUACAAAACAACCGUUCUCCGUAGACGUUGGCUAUGAACGAUUCUUGGGGCCGGAGAUUUUCUUUCAUCCUGAAUUUUCAAAUCCUGACUUUACCACGCCAAUUUCUGAGAUGGUCGACACGGUUAUACAAAAUUGUCCCAUUGACGUACGCCGGCCGUUGUAUGAUAAUAUCGUACUUUCUGGUGGCUCAACUAUGUUUAAAGAUUUCGGACGGCGUCUUCAACGAGAUAUUAAGCGAGUGGUAGAUGCUAGGCUAAAGCGAAGUGAAAAAAUAGCUGGAGACAAUCUAAAACCUAAACCGAUUGAUGUGCAAGUUUACACUCACAACAUGCAAAGAUACGCCGUUUGGUUUGGCGGAAGUAUGCUAGCUUCUUCACCCGAGUUUUAUACUGUGUGUCAUUCGAAAAAAGAUUAUGAAGAAUAUGGACCAAGCAUUUGUCGGCAUAACCCUGUUUUUGGCACUAUGAUGUAGCCUUGUACGACUAGUAAAUUUAUUACAAACUGAGCGUGCAUUAUUAUUUAUUUAUAUUAUUAUAUAUAUUUAUUAUAAAAUAUAAUUUUUUUUUUACGUAUUUUAAUAAUAAAUUCUAAUAUAGUUUA